AUGAGGUUGAUGAUGUUCACGUGGACAAGGGUUAUCCCCACAUUGUGGCAGCAGGUCGAGAAAGCCAGAGCUGAGGCAGCCGUGCUCGCGGAGCUUGGGGUCCUCCACCACCUCUUGCACCAGGUGCCGCAGGCGCUCGCCGACCGCAUGAUCGUGUACCGGGACCUGAAGCCCGAGAACGUCAUGCUGGAUUCGCAGGGCUACCUGAAGCUGGUGGACUUCGGUAUCGCGAAGAAGCUGGAGGAGGGCAAGGCCCAGACCUUCUCCGUGAUAGGCACCCCACACUACAUGGCCCCCGAGGUGCUGAACGGCAGGGGGUACGGCCUCGAGGUCGACAUUUGGUCUCUCGGGGUGCUGCUGUACGAGCUGGUGUGCGGCUACCUGCCUUUUGCCGACGACAAAGACGACCCAACAGAGGUCUGUCAGGCCGUCCUGAAGGCGCCGCUGAAGUUCCCGAGGAGAUACAAGGAUCAGCUGGGCAAGGACGUCCUGCUCCGCUCCUUCCCGCUUGCUUCCAGUGCUCCGUGCAUCCAACUGGAGGACGAGGACGAGGACGAGGACGAGAACGGCUCCGACGACAGCGUGCAGGGCGCCGCGGCCGCGGCUCCCGAAGAACCCCGCAGCGCGCUGCGCCCGACAGCCAUGGGGCAAGACAGCAGGGGCCCGCACGCCGCGGCGAUGACCGGGGCCGCCCCCGCUGGGCCGCAGCGGGCGGCGGCGCAGCGGCGCGCGGCCAGCGCCGGCGAGGGCCGAGCGCCACGCCAGCGGCCCGAGGGCAGCCCGGCCUGCUUCGCCUGGUGCGCGGGGCCCGCGCGCGGGAGGCCCCGCCGAGCACACGCCGCGGGGCCGUCGGCCACCGCCCAGAGGGGCCGCCUCCGAGACGCCGCGCGGACCCUCCUGAAGGUGUUCAGGGCGCGCCGGGCGGCUGGCAGAGGCGCGGCCUCGGAGGGCACGCCGCGACGAGGAGCGGCGCAGCGCGCUCCCGGAGACCUCAUUGAUGGCGCUCCGGGCGUGGUUCCCAUCGUGCCCCUGAUGCUGAACGAGAGGCUACCUUGUGGUUUGCUUCAGUGGCAGGUGGCAUACUUGUUAUUUUCGCCCAUCUCAUGAUCGCAGUAGUCUUUCAACAUUGUGCACUCGACGAGGUGUCUGUAGAAGAAUUGAGGCGUGCAGCGCUUUCUACGCUGACACACAGCGACGCAUUGUGUCUCGUACGGUACGCUGAGAAUGCGCAAGAGAGUCAAGAGAUGUUGUUGAUGUAGUGGUCGGGCGCAAGGGGAGGGUGUUGCGGCGCAUCUCACACGAACUCAACACAGAUAUUUAGACGGGGCAUGGGAAUGCAAUAGUGAUUCGCUCUGCCACGCAGGAGAGUACAUUUGCGCACAAGAUUGUCCGCACCGUUCUGCACAAACUCACGAGCGCAUCAGGGAUUAGGGAGUCAAGUGCGCUGCACAAUAACUCAAGCGAAGCUUGCCCACGAGAGGACUCAGCACCGCCAACGAAGCACACUCACAUGAG